UUGAGCUUUGAGGACACUCUCACUUGAGGUGAGGACUCCCUGUUGGAGACACUGGAGAACUGGAGGCGUCAAAAAAAAAGUCAUCAUAAAGCAACGUCAAAUGUGUCCUGUAUCCACCAGGAGACGGUGACGAAGGCGGUCGAGUACCGGACGAGAGCCGUACGAGUGACUUAGGCGACUGUUGAUAACGGGCUGUGUACAAACACAUUCAUAGUUUACAGGUUGCUAGCGGACUUUCAGGCUCGCCUACGUAGCCGUGUUAGCUAGCUGCGGUUAUGCUUCUUCCGUCGCUUUCCAGCGACUAAAGGCUUCUUUUGGGGACAACUUUUAAACCGAAAAACACUUUCCUCCGAUAAGUUGUUUAUUAAUUCCGUCGCGAUGUGGUGUUUUCUGGGAUAUUCAUCAAGUUGGCCGGCCGGUAGCAUCGGCUGACCAAAGCCACUUUGCUCCACGGUGUGUUUUUUUCCCGUUACUAUAGAUUUCGUUUUUUUUUUUUUUAAGCUGGACUUUGACCUCAAGAUUUUUUGUGAGCAUUUCACAAAAACUCUUUUCAGUUGGAGUAGUUAAAAACUACUACUUUGUUAAGAGUGAAAAGUUUUCUGGAGGAUUUCCCCCCCACACACCAACGGAAAAUGGAUGCGGGCAUAGAGAAGGAAUGCAGCGCCUUGGGAGGGCUCUUCCAGCUCAUCAUGAACGACAUGAAGGCCAGUUAUCCAACAUGGGAGGACUUUGUCACCAAAGGAGUCAAACUUCAGUCGCAGCUCAGGACGACCAUCCUGAUGACCGGAGCAUUCCUGGAUGCCUUUCAAAAGGUAGCAGACAUGGCGAUGGGAGCCAGAGGCGCUACCAAGGAGAUUGGUUCAGCAUUAACCAGAAUGUGCAUGAGACACCGCAGCAUCGAAUCCAAACUCAAAGUCUUCACCACAGCUCUCUCCGAAAGUCUCAUCACACCAUUAGAGCUGAAGAUGGAGGAGUGGAGGAAAGCGGCGAGUCAGCUGGACAAAGAUCACGCAAAAGAGUACAAAAAGGCGAGAGCAGACAUCAAGAAAAAAUCAUCAGACACCGUCAAACUGCAAAAGAAGGUGAAGAAAGGCAAGGAUGAAGUGCGUGGCCAGCUGGACAGCGCACUGCAGGACGUCAACGUGCGAUACGCUGUUCUGGAGGAGACGGAGAAGAGGGCAGUGUGCCGAGCUCUUGUCGAAGAAAGAGCUCGCUACUGCAGCUUUGUUAGCAUACUGAAACCCGUGCUGGAUCAUGAGAUAAACAUGCUGGGUGAGGUGACCCACCUGCAGACGCUCCUGGAAGACCUCACCAUCUUGACGGCUGAGCCCAAUAAACUCCCACCAGCCAGCGAGCAGGUGAUUUUGGAUCUGAAGGGUUCCGACUUCAGCUACACCUACCAGACGCCUCCAGCCUCUCCUAGCAACACACUGUCCAGGAAGAGCAGCAUCAGCAGCUACCAGUCUGGAUCAGUGAGGCAUGUUCCUUCAUUGGACUCCAUCAGCUUUGCUGUGGAUGGAGUGCACAUCCAGCACGGUUCCUCCCCAUUUCUGAUGAUUGGCUGCGAUGAAAGCGGUCGGUCCCUCAGUGAAGGGAACUCCCCUUCUCGCUUUGGCCGCCAGGGCGCCCGCAGUCGCUGCGGUUACGCCUCUGGGCCCGGUCGCCGCCCGGCACUUGGCCGCCGCGUGAGCCGCAGGGAUAUGAACACCGAUGCAGUCGCCUCCACCAAUCAGAUCGCUGUAAUGGGAGCGGCAGGUGAGAAUGGCCUCCUCGUCCCUCCUCAAAGUGCUUACACUCAACAUGGGGAGAGGGUUCGUGCCAUGUCUGCAUCCGGCAAGUCUUGCUCUGCUCGGGAUCAGCUGGCCCUGACUCUGGGCGUGUUGAAUUCGGAUGCCCCACGGAGCAGCCGGGACUCGCUGCACUGCUCCAGCGGUUACAGCACGCAGACGACCACACCGUCCUGCUCUGAAGACACCAUCCACACACAUGCUCUAAAGAGAGACCCUAACCUCUAUGUCGACUACGAGUCCAUUUCCCUCCAUGGGGACACUGACUCCAUCUCCCUGAAUCACCUGUCACACAGCAACAGCCAAUCAGAUUUUGACAAGUCUUCCACCAUACCAAGGAACUCUGAUCUCAGUUUCCAGUAUAGGAAGUUUGCUCAGUCCAAGCGUCCCGCCUCCACUGUCAGCCUAUUGGCCGACACUGAACUCAAGGGCGGGUCUGUCCACCACUUGCAGUCCCACACGGCGACAAUCAGACGCAAGCCGUCAACCAAGCCGGCAUAUCGCAGAGGCACCAUCAGUGGAGGGGUUCCCAUCCCCAUUUCCACGCCGCAGGUUCCUCUCAAAGCAGUGGCGGGGAAUGGCGGCAGCGAGGAGAACGUCUUCAUCGUCCCCUCCGCUGUGGGAGUGGGAGGUUUGGGUCACAAUAAACUCUGCACCUCGACGCAGAGCCUCAGCGCCCUGCCGCCGUCCUCUUCCCCGUACUACCAGCUGGUGCCAGGUCAGAUGCCCAUCCCUGUGCCCGUACCCACCGUGCCAUCCGUGCCACCCGAGGGCGGCUUUGCCAAGCAGCAGCAACAGAGACAGUACCAGCAACAUCUUCACAUCCAGCAACUAAACCAGCAGCAGCGUCACCAGCAGCAGAUCCACAUUGAGCAGUUUCAUCACGAACAGCAACUCCAGAACCAGCUUCAGACCCAGACCCAGAACCAGCAACUGAACCAGCAGCACAAACAGAAGCUCUUCCAGCAGCAGCAUCAAGCCCAGUUUCAGGCCCCCUUUACCCAGCGAGAGGACUCCGGCCUGGAUUACAGUGCUCGGAACCAGGUCGCUCCGCACUCCAGCCCGGACCAGGACCAGGACCUGGACGUCCUGACACACGAAAGGGGCGAAAGAGACAUGCUGAACCUGAUCAGGGGCGUAAAGCUUAAAAGGACCCUCACCAACGAUCGCUCGGCCCCGCUACUGCCCUCGCCUGGCAGUCACAACUGAGGCUGGACGAUAGAGACGCCGGUUGUCUUCUUCUUGUGUGGUCGACUCGUUUGACAUUCAACGCGAACUUUGGACUACUUGCUGGAACUUUAUUUGCUUAAGUCAGGUCGUGCAGUGCGCAUUUUGUUCCUUCGGUAUAAUCUCUAGCUGCCUUUAUUUGCCUAUUUUGUGCUUAUUGCUUCAUGUUUGCUUUUGGAUUGUGGCCACAGUUUGACUCCAAAAAACGCUUUUGUGAGGAGUCACUUCCUGUGGCGAUAUCUGAAAGGAAGCUGUAGAUGUGUCAGAUCCUCUGCUGGCCCGGGUGUGUUUGAUGCGCUAUUUUCCAGACUCCCGGACAGGUGGAGUUAAUUGUAUAGGAAGUGUUUUGGUUUGGCCGCAUCUCAAACUGGUGCUGAUCUUAUUACUGAGGGAUGUGGCUUAUGCUAAUGUGGGAUUCAAGGGGGGGGGGCAAGUGUGAUGCUGUCCAGACCUCCUCGGACAGACACUUCCUCUGGAAUGUUGAGUCAGCGUUUUUGGAUGGAACAAGAUAAGUUACUGUAAGCAAUGAGCUUACUGAUGUGGAAUGGAAAACGAAUGACAGAAGCAUAUUGGCAUUAGAAAAGCAUUUUUUUCAUUUUUAAUUUUAAUUUUGUUUUAUUUGCUUAUGUCAUAGCGGGCUAUGAGAAAUAGAACCAAAGUGAGUCAGGUCCCUGGUGUUGAAUUCUAUAAGCACCAAAUGUAAAAUUCAUUUGCUUUGACGUCUAGAUAGGAUUGGUGUGUACUCUUGUACCACAAGAGGGCGCGCUUGGCUCAGCAGCUGACUGUGUAGUUGAGUCAUUUUGGUCAAAAUACAUGACAGAGCAGGAAGUAGAGAUUGUAGCAUCCUAUGCUAUACUUUGACAAUAUGAGAAACUACAUUUGGAACUCUUUAGUACACGUGACAAGGAGACAGACCUGUAUGAAAACUCUAAAAUGCUAAAUUAAACGUCUUUCUGCUGCAAUCCAUGCGAGGUUUAGCUUUAAGGAAAGUUGCUGCUUUUUUUUUUGUUUGACAGUUUUAAUUUAGCAACCCGUGGGUUUGAUUGGCUGUCAGUCCAGUGGGCGGGACUCUAGUUUUGGAUUUUGUCUAAUGUUUUGCCACAAGAAGUUUAUAAUAGAUUCAAAUGCUGACAUACUAGGAGCAUCCUUCUGUGGUUAAGGCUCCGUUGCAUGCUGGGAAAUACAUUGCUGGCUUUUCUUCUCCGUACUGCUGAUUGAUUUUUUUGACAUUUUCUAUGUUUGAUCAGAUUGUACAUAAUACCGAUUGAGACGUCUACGGAAAUUUCUGUACACAUUGUGUUUUUUGUGCAUUUGACCAUCAGAUGACACUCUGCAACCGCCGUGCAUUUUAAUUUUUUUUAUAAGAGCUUUAAACAUGUUGGGAGGACACAAACCAACAGAAUGUACUUUUUAUUUCUUCUUUAAGUCUUCUUGAUGCUGUCAUGCUCCUUGUGGGACCAGAUAAUUAUAUUGACAGUGAUCAUCAA